AUGGACGCUAUCCAAAAUUCAAUGAACCAGCUUCAAAAGAUAUUCACGGAUAGAAUGGAUAGAUAUCAGAGUGACCUUCAAGCCUCAGCACCUUCUACCACCAUCUCUAACCUCAACAGUGAAUUCUCCACAUUUAGAAGCUAUAUUAUGACAGCGCUUCAAAGUCUCCAGGAACAGAUCAAUCUGCUGGCACAGCAAACUGACAACAUGGAAAUGCACAGCAGAAGAAAGAUGUUGCUUUUGCAUGGUCUACCGGAGGAGUCUAAUGAGGACACAGUAGCUGUUCUUGUGAAAACAGUUACAGAUCGUAUGAAGAUCAGUGGGUUCACCAAAAAUGACAUCAGCCGCUGCCAUCGUAUGGGACGCAAGACCGCUACUUCUAACCGUCCUCGACCACUUUUAUUAAAACUCCGAGAUCAAGAGGUGCGCAGUAAAAUUUGGUUCUCUAAAACUGUUUUAAAAGGUUCAGGUUUAACCAUUUCCGAAUUUCUUACGAAGUCUCGGCACGAUGCUUUUAUGGCUGCACGUGAAAAAUAUGGUGUCAACAAGUGCUUCACCAAAUUAGGUUUCGUUUUUGUAAUCGCCGGCGAUGGGAAGCGCCAUCGUAUAUCUUCACUUUAUGACCUAAACAAGAUCUCGUCUGACGAUGUGCCUAAGCCGGGUAUGAGCAAGGAAACUGCAUCAUCGACUAGAAGCAAGCGAACAGGCAUCAGUAAGAAGUAA